CAAAUUAAGUUUUUCAAUGUUUGUAUUUCUUCAAUUAAAGGGAUACAGUUUGUUCUAUUAUCACAUCGAAUUCGAUAAAGAAGUCAUAACAUUCAUGAAAUACUUCUCUAUUGAAUCAUCAUAAUGCAUAAUACUAUACAGUGAAUAUGUAUAAUAUUCUUUGUAUACUAUAUUACUUAUAAUGAAUAAAUAUACAAUCAUAUCUGUUUACCAAAAUAGGAAUAGAAUGGAUAUUAACUAAGAAUUAAGGAAGAAAAAUAAAAUUAAAAUAUCAAUUAUGCCACAAAGAAAAGGAUUAUUAGCUCCACAAAAUACUUUUCUUGAUACAAUUGCAACACGAUUUGAUGGAACACAGAAACAUGACUUGGUAUUUCAUGUCAGUUAAUGAACAUUCAGUCACUCAGUUAGCAACAAGAUAGUAAUUUUGUAUUGGGUAAUGCACAAGUACAUGAUUAUCCUAUUGUAUAUUGUUCUGAUGGAUUUGUUGAAUUAACUGGUUAUAAUAGAUCACAAAUUAUGUCAAAAUGUUGUUCAUGUAGUUUUCUUUGGGGUGAACGAACCGAUGAUAAUGCAAAACAAUCAAUAUUAAAUACAUUAGAAAAGAAAUGUGAAUUACAAAUUGAAAUACAAUUUCAUAAGAAGACAAAUGAACCAUUUCUUUGUUUAUUGGAUAUUGUACCAAUUAAAAAUGACAAAUCACAAGUUGUUCUAUUUCUUGUAUCUCAUAAAGAGUUAUCGCCUGAUCGACAUGGACGAAAUAAAGCCAACUAUAGUAUACCUGAAUCAAGUUUAAAAGUACCAUAUAUGUUAUCUGCUCAACAUUUAACUGGAACAUCUCCAUCAAAUAAAACACCAAAUUUAUUAACAAUGGGAUUAGCAACAACAAUUACAGCAGCAGUUCUUGGUUCAACUGGAUUUCGUAAUAAUAAAUUAUUAGAUUAUUUAAGUGCUAGAAAGAAUACAACAACAAUACCACCCCCACUACCACUAUCACCAACAACAACAACAACAACUACCAUUACUCAUAAUAAAUUAGAUAGAAAUACUUCAAUUGUAAAUAGAAAAUUAUCAGAUCGUACUUCUAUUGAGUCGAAUAAAUCAUUAACGAAAUAUUCAUCAACAAGUAAUAAUACUGUAAUAAAUGAUGUUCUCAAUAAUUCAAAACAAAAUAUCCUAUUAGAUCCAAUUGAUGUUGAAAGUGGUCCACUUUUAAUAACAGAAUAUAAAAGUAAUGGUAAUAAUAAUAAUAAUAACGGUAAUAAAUUAUUGGAUCCUACACGUUUAAUAGUUCAUGAAUCUGAUUCAACGGAUACAUCAAGUGAUGAAUCAAGUAAUUUAACUAAUGAUCCAUCAACUGUUUAUAAAUUUCAACGAAGACGAAGUCGGGCUGUAUUAUAUCAUUUAUCUGGACGAUUUGAUCAAAAAUCUAAGCAUAAAUUACCAUUUAAAAAAUUUCAACGUAUUUCUGGCAAAGAAACAAUACCUGAAUAUAAAGUUCAAGAUGUACAAGCAUCAAGAUUUAUAUUAUUACAUUAUAGUUUAUUUAAAAUUAUUUGGGAUUGGAUGAUAUUAUUAUGUACAUUUUAUAUUGCUAUAAUGGUACCAUAUAAUGCAGCAUUUUCUCAGGGAGGUGAUGAAAAAGAUUUAAUUAUAUGUGAUAUUAUUGUUGAAUUAUUAUUUAUUAUAGAUAUUAUAUUAAAUUUUUGGACUACAUAUGUUAGUAAAAGUGGACAAGUUGUAUAUCAUUUAAAAGCGAUUGCUAUUAAUUAUUUACGUGGUUGGUUCUUUCUUGAUUUAUUGGCGGCUAUUCCAUUCGAUGUUAUUUUAGCUGUAAAUAAUCCUGAAAUACAAGGAACUAUUGGUGAAAUGGGUAAUUGGAUUCAUUUAUUGAAAUUGGCACGUUUACUUCGAUUGGCAAGAUUAUUUCAAAAAAUUGAACGAUAUUCUCAAUAUAGUACAGUAAUAUUGGGUUUACUAAUGUGUAUGUUCUUUCUUGUUGCUCAUUGGUUUGCUUGUGGAUGGUAUUGUAUUGGUAAAGAGGAAUUUAAGUCGAAAAUUACAAGGGAAUACAGUUGGUUAUAUGAAUUAGGUGAACGAAUGCAAUUGAAUCGUUCAUAUUCAACAAUGAAUAAAACAAAUGGAUUAACUAGACGUGCAUUAUAUGUAUCUAGUUUAUAUUUUACAACAACUAGUUUAACUAGUGUUGGAUUUGGUAAUGUAUCACCGAAUACAAUAAAUGAGAAAAUAUUUGCUGUGAUAACUAUGCUUAUUGGAGCUCUUAUGCAUGCAGCAGUAUUCGGUAAUGUGACAACACUUAUUCAACGUAUGUAUUCAAGACGUUCAGCAUAUCAAACAAAGAAUCAAGAUUUAAAAGAUUUUACACGUGCUCAUCAUAUACCGAAACCUUUAAAACAACGUAUGCUUGAAUUUUUUCAAGCUAUGUGGGCAAUUAAUCGUGGUAUAGAUAAAGAAGCUAUAUUACAAUCAUUCCCGGAAAAUUUACGCGGUGAUAUUGCAUUACAUUUAAAUCGUGAAAUAUUAUCAUUAAGUUUAUUCAAAAGUGCCAGUCCUGGUUGUCGUAAAUGUUUAGCUCAAUUAAUAACAACACGUUUUGCUACACCUGGUGAAUAUCUUGUUAAUCAAGGUGAUGCAUUACAAUUUAUCUAUUUUGUCUGUAGUGGUUCUUUAGAAAUACUUGGUGAAGAAGGUACAGUUGUUGGAUUGUUGGGUAAAUGUGAUAUAUUUGGUAGUGAUAUGGAUGAUUUGCCUAUAUUGGGAUAUUCAGCUUAUAAUGUUAAAUCAUUAACAUAUUGUGAAUUACAAUGUAUAGCAUUAGAUCAUCAAUUACAAGAAAUAUUUAAUCAAUAUCCACAAUUUCGUAAACAAUUUGCUUUAGCAAUUUCAGAAGAAUUAUCAUUUAAUUUAAGAGCUGGAUUCGAUCCAACUUCAUCUUUAGAACUGAUUCCAGCAAUCACUGUCACUACUGAUAAGAAUACAGAUUUCGAAGAUCAUUCCGAUGAUGAUAUUAGUAAUAAAUCUCAUGAAAUAAUCAAUGAGCGAUGCACUUUACUAACUAAUUCACAGAAUAAAACAUCAGUGAACAAGAAAGACGACGGUGAUGAUGGUGAUGAUGAUAAUGAUGAUGAGGAGGAGGAUGAUGAUAGAACAAUGACCCAUGAAACAGGUAAACAAUUAAUAAACAUAAAAACAAGAAAUUUAAAAAACUCUAUAAACGAUAAUCGUCUUGACAACCAAUUCAAUGAGAAACUAUUUGAAAAUUUAAAUUCUUCACAAAAAAUUAAAAAAAAUUUUAUUCAUAUAAAACAAAAUUCAUUAGAUUUAUAUACAAAACAUUUUGAAAAAUUAAAUGAAUUGAAUCAUACUUUAUCUAUUGAACAAUUGAAUAAAUUGGAUAAAACAAACCACAUUAAUACUACUAAUAAUACUACUCAUAACACUAAUAAUAGUAGUAAUAAUCAUAAUUGGGAUAAUAAUGAAUAUAAGAAGAAGUUUUACUUUCAUUAUCCAAUUAUGAAUUCAUUUCAUUCAUUUGAAAAUCUUAUGGACAAAUCUAAAAUGAAUAUUACAACAUUAUACUUAAAAUAUAAAUGUAAAUCAUUCGAUGAUAUUUAUCAUAUUGGUAAAUCAUUUAGAACUUAUAUUCGAAAUGAAUCUAUUUAUAAUACUGACAGUUACGGUCAAGAUGAAAAUUACAAUCAACUAAAUGAUGUGUUCAUCGAUUCAAACAACAUUAACAAUACUGCCACUACUACUACUAUUAACAAUAAUAAUAAUAAUAAUAAUAAUAAUAAUAAUAAUAAUGAUAAACUAACAAAACAAAAUCAGCUGAUUUCAACUCUUUGUAUAAAUUUCUAUCAAACCCAAAAUGAUAUUACUUUAAUCAAAUCAGAAUUGAUACAAAUGAAUCAAAAACUUGAUAGAAUACAAAAAGAUUUUAAUGAAUUUACUAAAUAUUUUAUUAAAAAUGAAAAUUCAUUCAAUAAUCAAUUAAUCCAUUUUCAUAAUUCUAAUAAUAGUAAUAAUAACAAUAAUAAUAAUAAUAAUGAGAAACGAUUAAAAUCGAUAUAUUCAGUUGCUGGGACUGAUACUGUCACUUCAACACAAACAAACAUUGCUCAUAGUAACAAUAAUAAUAAUAAUAAUAAUAAUAAUAAUAAUAAUAAUAACAGUAUUAGUAAUAAUAAUGUUAAAAAUUCAAAAAAUGGUUUAUCCCCUUCAAAAUCUAUUAUACCAACAACAAUAAUUCAUUCACGUCCAUGUUUACAUCAAUAUGGUAGAACACAUCAUUAUUCACCAGAGAAUCGUGUAGUGACAUUUCAAUUACCACCACGUAAUUAUGAUUUUCGUAGUCAAAGUUUAACUAGUUCAAGACAAAUUUCACCUGAAACACCAAAAUCUAAUCCAAUUAAAAAAUUAUUACAUAAACAUCCAUCUAUAUCACAUGAUUUUAAUUAA